AUGUCCAAAUACGAAGAGACGCCACCAACUUCUGUGGAUUCCCAAUUGCCAUCACUGAAGGAUUUACCCUCGUUGGGAUCCAAUGCAGGUUUUAGCAAUAAGAAAGUCGCUUGGGGUCCCAACGUUAAACCCAAUGUUGUACCACAAGUUGCAACCCCCAAUGUGGUAUCUCAAGGCGCAUCAAAGCCUAUUAGAUCAAGGACUAUCCAAGAGGCUUUUACACUUGAUCUACAGUCACAAUUGUCAAUCACCAAACCUGAAUUUUCAAGGAUUGUGCAAUCUGUGAAACAAAAUCAUGACGUGUCUGUAGAAUCAACACUUUCAAAAACAUCACGUACUUUCUUAAUCAGUGGGUUACCUGCUAAUGUUAACGCUGGUAGACGUGAAUUGGUUAAGAAGCUGACUAAACCAGUGACAGAUGUAGUACAAGUUCCAUCUAGGGCUAAAGCCGCAAUCAUUGGAUCAGGUGGUAGAAACAUUAGAGAGAUUCAAGAAAAGUUUGAUGUCAAGAUUAACGUCGCCAGAGAGAACAAUCCUGAUGUUGUAGACGAAGACUUGGGUGAUGAAAUGGCUGACGUGUCCAUCCAUGGUGAUGUGGAUUCUGUCAAAUUGGCAAAGGACAAGAUCAUGUCAAUCGUUAAGGAAGAAACCAAAAACAGUUCCAUCCUCGUAACAGUGAAUAACUCCACGUUGUUACCUUUCAUCGACUUGGCACAUUUACCAUUAGAAAGCGUUAAGUUGUCGAUUGAAAACAACAAAGAUGUUGUAGUUUCGGGGCCUCGUGAAGAUGUUAAAUUGGCUAAAUCAAAACUACAAUCUUAUUUCCAAGAGUUGGAAUCUCAAUUAAAGGAAGAACAAGUCAAGAUUCCUGAAAAGUUCCAAUUUUUAAUCGAUACCAAAGAAAUUAAGGACCAAUUUAAUGUCGUGGUCAACUUCCAUGAUGAUUCCUUGGUGAGUUUCUUGGGACACAGAGAGAAAGUUCCACAAGCAAUCGCCCAUGCAAGAUCCUCUUCCACAACUUUUGCAGUGGACGCUUUGGACAUCUCUAAGGCCCACAGUAAAAAUUUGCAGCACGCUAAGAAUUUGGUUCUUUAUUUCAACAAGUACAACGUUUUAAAACAAAUUCAAGAUGCUCACCCAGAAAUUAAGAUCGUUCUGCCUCAACCUGAACAGCUAACUAAAGCUGAUUCUGUUCACGUCUACAUUAGCGGCAAAUCUAGUAAGACUGAUGAAAUUAAAGGUGUUCGUAAAGAACUGAUCGGUUUAGUUAAUGAAAUUGCACCUUUUGACACUUUAACUGUUAGCGAUUUGGACUACGAAUUGUUCCACAAGGACAUCAAACAUGUCCUUUUGGGUUCAGAAGAAACCGCCGGUUUUGUUCAAUUCGGUGACUUUUACCCUGGUGAUGAUACCAUUUUAUUGGUGGCUCGUGUCUCCAAUGAGGACUUCAAACCUUCUCCAGAAGAGAUUAAAGAAUCCUUGGCUCAAAUCAAUGCCACUCUAGAUUCUAUUCGUACCAAACAAUCCAAUUUGGCUACACAAGUCAUCGAUCUAGAAUCUUCAAGACAAGAUUCUAUGUUAUCAAAGGGUGUCACUUUACAGUUGAUCCUUGAAGAAGUGAAUCAAGAAGGUAACAACCUCCAACUCAAACUACACACUCCAGAAAAAUCACAAUUGACUUUGAGAGGUAGUGAUAAAGCAGUCAAGCUAGCUAAAAAAGCCCUUGAAAGUGCUGUUGCUACUUCUGACCGUAAAUUCAAGGACUCUGUGGAAGUAUCUGUUAAUUCCGUCUCAAGAUUAAUUGGUGUCAAAGGUUCCAAUACCCAGCAAUUACGUGAAAAAUUUGACGUUAACGUUGAUGUUCCAUCUGAAUCUAGUAACGGUAAAACUGUUGAAGUCACAGUAACGGGUGUUCAAUACAACGUUGAACGUGCCAAGAUUUACAUUCAACAAGAAGCAAAGAAAUGGGCAGACAUCAUUACCAAGGAAUUGUUUGUGGCUCAAAAAUUUCACCGUAACUUGAUGGGACCUCAAGGUGCCUACCGUAACCGUUUACAAGACAAAUACAAUGUCCGUAUCUUUUUCCCCAAGGGUGAGGAUAAUGUUACCAUCAGAGGUCCAUCCCGUGGUGUUACCAAGGCUUACGAAGAAUUGAAAUCUUUAUUGGAUUUCGAAAUGGAAAAUGGCCACAAGAUGACCAUGGAUGUUCCAGCUGAACACGUGGCUAGAGUUAUUGGUAAGAACGGUGAUAUGAUUAACGACAUUAGAGCUGAUUUCGGUGUAGAAUUAGAUUUCUUGCAAAAGACUACUGAUCCAUCUGUGCAGGAAUCCGGUAAAGUUCAAUUGGAAAUCACUGGUAACAGACAAGCCAUUAAGGAUGCCCAAGCUAAGGUCAAUUCUAUCGUUCAAGAGGCUUCUGAUUUUACCAGGACCACUUUGGAUGUGGACCGUAAAUACCACAAGACCAUUGUUGGUGCUGGUGGUCACACUUUGAAGGAAAUCAUCAGCAAGGCUGGUGGUGAAGGUGUGAGAAACAGAACCGUUGAUGUACCCAAUGCUGACUCUGAAACUUCGGUAAUUAAAGUGGAAGGUCCAAAGAAAUUCGUUGAAGCUGUCACCAAAGAGAUCAAUAAGAUCGUGGAAGAAGGCGAGAAGAGUAUUAACAAGGAAUUGGACAUUCCUCAAGAUAAACAAGGUGCUUUGAUUGGUCCUGGUGGAUUCGUUCGCCGUCAAUUAGAGAGUGACUUUUACGUUCAAUUGCACGUCCCCAACAAGGGUGAAAACGGUAAAGUUGUUCUUACUGGGUUACCGGAAAAUGUGGAAAAGGCAGAAUCUAAGAUUUUGACUGAAAUCAUCAGAGACAAUUUCGACCACGAACUAUUUGUUCCUGCCGAAUUGCACGAAUUUGUUGCUGAACGUGGUGCUUUUAUCCAAUCGUUAAGACUUGAUUACUCCAUCAAUGUCAAACACGGUAACCAAGGUAGAAAAGCUACUAAGUUGGUUCGUAAGCCAUUGAAUAUCCCUGUGGACAGAGUUCGUGGUACCGCUGAAGAAAAGAUCAAGACCACCAUUGAAGAAUCGGACGCUCCUGCUGUGGAUGGCAAUGCUGAAAAGAUUUCUUGGAGAUUAAUCUAUGAAGAUUUUGACGUGGACGAAUUAUUGGCAGAUGAAUCAUCGAAGAGUGACGACAAAAACAAGAAAGCCGUUGAUGAGACAAAGAAACAAGAAUCUUUAAAGAAGGCCAUUGAAGCCAUCGAAAAGAGAAUUGAAUUAGGUGGUAAAGCUAAUUCUACUGGAUACGUUUGGUCCUCUGAUCCCUCCAAAUUCAACAAAAUUGUUGGACCAGGUGGUUCUAACAUCAAAAAGAUCAGAGAUGCUACAGGUGCAGUUAUCAACGUUCCUAGAAAGACCGAUAAAGUUAACGACGUAGUUUACAUCAAGGGAACCAAAGAAUCUGUUGAAAACGCUAUCGAACAGGUUUUGAAAGGUUUGAAAUGA